AUGUCUAUCGAAGAACAGAAGCCAGUUGUUGUGGGAGAGUCCAGCGCUCCUGUAGCGCCCGUUCCUUUUGUGGACGUCCAGACUACGGAGCCUGUUGGUGCUGAUGCUGUGACUGAGCAGCCUGCUGUCGAGGAUGAGGUAGCUGCCCCAGUGGAGGAGGUGAAGGUAGCCGAGCCCAUAUACAGCGGCACCCUGGGCUACAAGGCGCCUGGUCUCAAGAACGCGUUCCGCUUCGCGAAGAAGCACUUCUGGUUCGGCGAAGAGCCAGUCCCAACAUCCAGCCUCACCCAGUACCUCCGUGGCGAGAAGCCUGAGAUUGGCCACUCCGUCGCGGCAUGGUCCAGCCAGACUGGAAAGGGUCUGCUCUUCUUCGUCAAGCACGCCGACAAGAAGGACGCGCCCGAUGGCGUUCUCAACUUGGCCUAUGCUACCGACCUUGUCAAGGAUGGCGCUCUUGCCUUUGCGUUGAAGGUCUCAGGACACAAGCACACUUUCGAGGCUUCGACUGCGGCUGAGCGUGACGGAUGGUUCAUCGCCGCCGAGAAGGUUAUUGCUGAGGCAAAGGAGGCCAAAGAGAGCAUCGAGUCCAGCGAGAGCUACAAGGAGCAAAAGGAGAAGCUUGGCAAGCCCACUACGCUAGCGGCCGCUACCACCCCAGCAAAAAGCAUCGAUGCUACGCCUAAGGCUGUCGAGGGCGAGGCCGUCGCUGAUGCGCCUGCCCCUGUCCGUGCUGGAUCCUCGUCCAGCAGCUCUUCCGAUGAGGAGAAGAAGCAGAAGAAGAAGGCCACCAAGAGCAGGAGCCGCUCCAACAAGCGCGCCAGCAUUUUCGGCGGCUUCCGGGGCAAGAAGGAGAAGACUGAGGAGAAGGCCGAGCUGAAGAAGGACGGUAGCGAGGCUACGGCGGUCCCUGAGCUCACAAAGGAAGAGCCCCUUGCCGUUCCUCACGUUGGUGACGUUCAUCCUUCUGAGCUCCCCCAGACUACCGCCGCUCCCGACGUCGCUCAAGAUCUCCCCACAGAGAACGAGGAAGCGAAGGUUGACACUUCUGCUCCUAUCGUGCCAUCCGAGGAGCUCUCCGCCACCCCUGGGCCCUUGGACACUUCCGCUGCCGAUAAGCCCAAGAUCCAGAAGCGUGGCUCUAUGUUCGGUACCCUUAUGGGUAAGCUGAAGAGCCCCACUACCGAGAAGAGGGAGAACGAUGUUUUCCCAGCUGUUCCUGCCAAGGACACUGAGGCCCUCCCGGAGAUCCAGCAACCUACCGAGGAGCCUUUGGCCGCUGUCCCCGUCACUGAGACCUCGGGUUCUCUCAAGGAGGCGAGCCUCGAAGCGCCCAAGACCGAGGAGACGAAGCCUGCCCAGGCUGUAACCCCAUCUAAAGAGAAGGAACACUUCUCGUUCGGCAAGCUGUUCGGCGGAAAGGACAAGGCCAAGUCGCCUGCACCUGAGACUGCCCACAAGGUCCAGGAGUCGGCGCCCCAAAUCGAGGACACCACCGUUCCUGCCACCUCCGAGCCUGUUCCGGCCGUCGUCGAGACACCCAAGGUUGAAUCUGCGGAACACAAGGAGGAGACUCCUGUCGCCAAGAAGCGAUCUUCCAUCUUUGGCUCCCUCAUCCGCAGCGCCAGCAAGGCCGGUGGUAAGAAGGAUACCAAGGAGAAGAAGGAGAACGUUGCCCCCGCGACAGUUGCGGAGACUGCUGAGCCUACCGAUGCUGCUCUUGUCAGCGACGUCAAGGACGACGUUGCCGCUCCCGCCACCAUCGGCGAUGUUGUCCCUGAGGCCGUAACCGUUGACCAGAGCUCGAAGACCAGCGCGCCUGUCGCCUCAACUGCGUAA